CGAAGAAUACCGAGUACUACAACAACAUGGACGGGCGACGAGACUUAGAACUGAUGAGCGAAUAAUGAGAAUUGUUUUUCUGUUCUGGAAACGACCUCGAGCCAAACCAACGUACAUACUUAGCGUGAGGCUCUUACUGCAAUCCAAACUGACAAUUUGUAAUUGACAAUUUGACUUCAACAAAACCAGCUAUGUCUGAACAACAACAACAGCAGCCGCAGCCAUCGCAACAACAACAACAACACCCACCGUCUUCAGCACGUCAGCAUCAACAACCCCAACAACAAUCCAGUCAAGGACAGCAACAACAGGCUCAUCCCCAACAACAACAGCAACAACAACAUGUCCCCCAGCAAAACCAGCAGCAACACCAGCCGCCCCAGUCUUCACAGCCCCAGGUACGGCUGGCAGUGCAACAGACUCAACCACAGACCUCCAUGCAUUCUGUGUCAAAUAUGGGGACUUCCCUACCUGUGACUUCCAUGACCAAUACCAUGGCGACCAUGGUAGCGGCAGGGAUACGCAACCCUAUACCACAGGUUCAGGUCAUUCCUCAGAUGCACAGUCCACCGUAUAUAUCACAGUUCCCAUACAACCAGCAACAGAUCAUGUUACAGAAUGCCGCCAUGCAGGCUGCUAUGCAGGCCAGUGCCAUGAACAUGAACAUAAAUCCACAACAACUUAACAUGAACAUGAACAUGGCUGCCAUGGCCAUGCAGCGACAACCUCAGUCUGUCAAUAACAGUCUCAACAGUCCUGGAAACUUACUCUCACAUAGCCCCACCACACCAACACAGCAAAACCCAGGAAUGAAUUUCAGCUCUGCAGUCACAUCCCAAGUUUCCAACAGCAAUGCACAGUCGUCGAAUGGGAAAGGAGGUGCUAAUGGGAACAAAGGGCAGACAACUGGGAUGGGUCAGAUACAGCAGGCACAGGCUACAGCUUUGGUGGGAGGAAAACCUAUCAUGCCUACCCAGGGCAUGCAGGCUGGUGGCCCACAACCCUUGGUGCUGUCACAGCUCAGUGUGCUCCCUAACCCACAGGUAGCAAACACACAGGGAUUUGUUACUGGCCAUAGCAAAUGUCAGUCAAUGUCCCUGAGCCAGACUGGUCAGUCGCAGCUCAUCAACACACAGGCUCCAAUACGCUUCUCCCAGCCCCAGAUUGUGUCCAGUACCGGUCAGAUUAUCUCCUCUCAUGUCCAGCCCAUGCUGGCCAAUCAGGCGGUCUUACAGGCCAUGGCUAGUCUCCAGCAACAGGGCAUUCCAUUGGCUCAUCAACAACUCCUCUCUGCCCCAGGCCAGUCACCAACUAUCUUGUCUGCGGGACAGUCGCUGUUCCUACGACCUGCCAGCCAGAUCCCAACACAACAGGGAAUGAUGACAGCCACCGGUGUCCAGACAAUAGGUCCUGCAAUGAAGGGCGGCCGCAUGGAAAUGCCACAGAAUUUACAGGUCAAGGCCAAUCCUGGGUCGGUGGCCUUGUCAAAACAGGCAGCCGGAGCUCAAUCUGCCGGCAAGGCUAUCCUGCCUUCUUUAGGGAAAAUUAACACUGCCAAGAUUCCCCCAACUCAGAUGGUAGGACAGAGGACAAAAUUGUCUAUACCAAGCCUGCCUCGCACACCGAAGGGCAGGCCUCGAAACCAAAACAAGAGCACAGCAGUGACUACAGCCACAGCUGCCACAAACACAGUGGCAUCAGCCUUAAAGGCCACUGCGGCGGCAACGAGUCAAUCUAAACCCGAAACACCCACCACUCAGGUGGUAAACCUGACCACUCAAGCUAAGAGCCAGUCUGAUUCAGAAAUAGAAGCUGCUAAGAAAACCACAACACAUGAAUCGUCCAGCAAUGGAAUGGCAGAGGUGAACCAGACAGAAACUGGGUCAAAGGACCCACCCACAUCUGAUCCAAACCUGGUGAACUCGACAACCGACCUAUCUGAAGACAAGAUGGAUACUAACGAGAAAGUGGAAAUAGUUGCUGUUGCACCGAUUGUGGUGGAGAAACAAAGGGCUAUUGUAAAACCCCACAUUCUUACCCACGUGAUAGAGGGCUUCAUUAUACAGGAGGGACCUGAACCCUUCGCUGUGGAGAGAUCGUCACUUCUCACAGAGUUUAUCCCACCUAAACCUGGACAGACACCUUCUGAAGACAAACAGAUAGACUUAGAUGGAGAUUCACACAUGGACAGCGGUCACUCUUCGUUGACCAACAAACAAGGCUUAGCAGACAACACAAGGAGACCAUUUGUCAAGUGUGAGUUCUGUGGCAAGGAUGAACAAUCCUCCAGAUUUAAGAAGUCAAACAGAUUUUGUUCCAUGCCAUGUGCAAAGAGGUUCAAUGUUGCCUGUUCACGUCGUAUAUCCUUGUUCAGGGUUCGGGGUCGACCACCUUCACUGGCCUCUAGUGGCAAGGUGAUGAAGAAGAAGCCGGUGUUUGGGGUGAGGAAGGGUUGGCGGGGAGGACGCGGAUCUCGCUACAAUUUAUCUGGAGAAAUGGACUUGGAUGACAAUAGCCAGUUCGACCAUGCCGAACAGAGCAGUUCUCCGAGCUCCGAGAACGAGAGCAGCAUGACCCCUGACUCUCCGACCACAGUACAGGGACAGGGAGACGGGGACUAUCAGGAUACACCCCAGUCUAACCCCGCUCGCUGGAACGUUAUUGAGGUGUACGAGUUUAUCAAGUCCAUGCCUGGCUGUGCCCCGUAUGCUGAGGAGUUCCGAUCACAGGAGAUUGAUGGGCAGGCUCUGAUGCUCCUCAAGGAAGACCAUCUGAUGACAGCCAUGAGCAUGAAACUCGGCCCAGCUCUAAAGAUCUGUGCUCGUAUUAACACACUCCGAGAUGAGGCCGUUUGAGGAAAUAUGAGAUUAAUUGUUGAACAUUUUUUAAUUCUCCAGAAAGUUAUUUUAGACGGUUAACGAUGCUUGCUCAUCAGAUAACUGGAUGAAAUGUGAUAUUCAUCACAUUGGCUGGAUUGUCUUAAUGAGUCAUCGGAGUGGAUGGGGAAAUUUGAUUACAUUCAACAAGUGUUUGGUGAAUAAUCUUAAAAUUUUCAUCAUAUUAACAGUUGAACUGGGGUGACAUGGAAUUUUGAAUUGUACGUCAGAUGUAUUGGAGAACAUCAUAUAAGUGCUCAUAGUUCAUACAAUGACUUUAGAUAGUGUAGCCUCAGAGACAAGGGUGGUUAUGUAUAGUACUGGUCUUUUUCAUCAUUUUAUAAUCGAUUCAUCAUUAUUCAAAUAAUAUUUAUUGAUUAUUCAUGUUAACAAGGAAAAAAGGGGUAAUAUUCAUCAAUAGAAGAUCUUGUUUAUUUUAUAAAAACUGAGUAUUUAAUAUUUGGUUCAUCAUCUUAAGUAGGAGCAUUUGUAUUAGGUGUGUUCAAGGUACUGUGUACAGUAUUAUUUUUGAGUAUUAAAGGUGAAAAAAAUAAAAACAGGGAUUACAUCUAUAUAAAAAUAAUUCAACUCAAAUUGUGUAACAUUUUCGAAGUUUCUGAAUUCUACAUUGUGCAAUUCUGCACAUCAAUGCAGAUUUUUACAACAUUUUACUGUGAAACGGAAUCUUGCCGAAAUUUACAACACUGUGCUUUGAAAUGGAAUCUGGCAGAAACUGUGAAAUAGAAUCGGUAUACUUGAGUGCGUAACCCCUGUGAUGGGAUAGAACUGUUAACGUGGUGGUCCCUUUAGUACUAGAUGUUAUGUAAAUUACAUUAGUAGCAUUUAUAUGUUUGUACUGAUAGUAACUGUGUCGUGACAAUCUUGAAUAUUUCACAACACAAUACCUUUAAAGUUUACUCUACCAGACUUCAUGCCUUUUAUUUUAUCAUUUGUUUAUCAUAUCAACAUUUAGAAGAUAAAUACGAGUGGGAAUGUGUGAAGAUGACUUUUGUCUACAUGUUUCUUUUCAUGUCAUAAUUAAUUAUAAGGAGUGUGUGAGAGAAUAUGAAGAGGAGAGGAAAGUGAUGUGACAGAAAGGCAGGGGUCCAAGUCUUAAAAGAAGUUCGGAAAAAAAUUCUGUAAAUGCACUGGUAGGUUAUACAAUAUGUGUGUCAUUACUACUGUAUUUGUAAGUAGUAGCAUUGUUGUAUGUUAGUGUGCUGAAACUUAAGUUCAUGUCAUACCUGGCAUGAUAUCGUAGUUACAAUACCACAUGGUUUGUAUCUGACAGGCCAUUAUAGGUACAAUACCACAUGGUUUGUAUCUGAUAGGCUAUCGUAGGUACAAUACCACAAGGUUUGUAUCUGACAGGCUAUCGUAGGUACAAUACCACAUGGUUUGUAUCUGACAGGCUAUCGUAGGUACAAUACCACAUGGUUUGUAUCUGACAGGCUAUUGUAGAUACAAUACCACAUGGUUUGUAUCUGAUAGGCUAUCGUAGAUACAAUACCACAUGGUUUGUAUCUGACAGGCUAUUGUAGAUACAAUACCACAUGGUUUGUAUCUGAUAGGCUAUCGUAGGUACAAUACCACAUGGUUUGUAUCUGACAGGCUAUCGUAGGUACAAUACCACAUGGUUUGUAUCUGAUAGGCUAUUGUAGAUACAACACCACAUGGUUUGUAUCUGAUAGGAUAAUGUAGGUACAAUACCACAUGGUUUGUAUCCGAUAGGCUAUCGUAGUUACAAUACCACAUGGUUUCUUUCCAAUAGGCUAACAAUCUACUAGAUGCCGAGAGCCACAAGAUCUUAACUUCGGGUUCGCGUGAUAGAGGUGAAUUUGUAAUUUUAUUUCAGUUUGAAUUAUUUUAUUUUAAAUGUUGAUUGAGUAUGUCAUAUACAUUUACAUGUAUUAAGAAAUUCUUAAGAAGAAGCUUGUUUGUCUGUUAUGAUUACAUUUUGGAAUUUAACAGUUGUAUCAUGUAAAACAGGUUCAAAACAAUUGAGCUAUAUGUAAACAUUUACAUAUAACUACAGAAAUUUUUGAAAUUACUUCAUUUGCAAAAAGAUACAUCAAUGAUACCGGUGUAUAUAUCUAAAAGAAAGUAAUUUAUAUUCACAUAACAACAGUGAAUGCAUAAUUCUGUUUUCCCAGUUUUAUUCUUCCAAGCAUGUUCUUUAACAAAACUGUGUAAAGAAUGGUUUCCUAAGCUCGACAUUUUCAUAGAUCUGUUGAAUUUCUUUGAGCAACAAUGAGCGUUAGAUUACUUUCUACUGUUUUAUGUGCCAUAGUUUGGGUUUUAAAUGAUGUAAAUACCAGUUUGUGAGUUGUAGUGAUUCACUUUAAAUCAAUGAUGUACAAUAAAAAAAAAAUGCAGUCCAGACCCUUGGAUUUAUACAAAUACCGUACUUAAAAAGUUUUCAAGAUUACUAUUUGACUAGGUAAAGCAAAAUGGUCAACUUUCCUCAGCAGACCUUUUUCUUCAAAUGAAAAAUGUCUUCAUAUUUCGAAGCCAAAGAUAUCUAUAUUACUCACCAAAUAUUAAAAGUAAAUAAGUGUUUUUUCAUAAAUUCCAUCCUUUGAAUACCUUUGUUUACCCUUUCACCACUGUGGACCACAAUUGACUCAUCCAGAUAAAUGGAUGGUAGAGUCUACUAAAGUUACCUAGGGGUGAAAGGGUUAGUUUAGUCAAAGCCGACAAUUUAACGUAAGUAAUACUGUCAGUGAAGGAUGUAAAAAUAAAAAAAUUGAGGAACUUUUUAUAUACCAGGAUUAAAUUGAAAGUAAAGCUUUUUAUAUCAAAGAAAAUAUCAUUUUGUUUUUCCUCUGAACAGACUUUGGUACUUCUGUCACUGCUUAUACCUAAUUUUCUGCAGUAGGUUGUGAAAAUGAAAUAUCUAUAUAUUUAAAUAAGCCGACAUUAAGACACCUGUUAAUGAGUGUAACUUUGUUUUGUAUAUUGUUGAUUCUUUUUUCCUCUUGUGUGACCGAGUUUCAAAACCAGACCCGCAUUUCUCAACAACAACAAAAAUACCAGACUUAACUUUCUCAAUAUUAAUAUUUGCCAUUUUACUUUCAUUUACUUGUAUACAUAGAUAAGUUGCAGUAAUUAUUUAUAGAUAAUUUAUUACAGUGAAUGGUAUUUAUUUUAGACAUAAAGUAUAAAAAGGAUCAAAUAUGAAUUAUGAAAAUCAUAAGAUGAAAUACUUAUGAAAAUGAAGGAAUUUUAAAUAACACAUUCUGAUUCAAUUUCGCUUCAAUAGGUGUGUUAGCAAAAUUUAAUUUUGGAAACGUUAUGUCUGAUUUUCUUUUUUUCUUUUUAAAUACAUGUAUGAAGAAAAUGCAGGGCUGGUAGAUUGUGCCAUGGUGUACUGUGUACAAGUAGCCUAGUAUGUUAUCAUGACCUAUUUUACGGGCCGGAUGUAAUGUUGUAGCUAUACGUGUGACUGAUAUUACAGCAGGGCCACAUUGAUCCAGCCACCUUCCUUUCCAGCUUAGUUGCUCGAUUGGGAAUCAACAUGGGUACCGGGCCAGUUUUGAAUUGGAAAAAAAAUCAAAAUAGAAAUGGUUUCUUCAGAAAUACUGGCUGGAUAGCGGGGUAGCCGGAUUAACAGGGCUUGACAGCCAAAUGUACUUUGUGUAAAUAAUUGUAGCUGUAGUAAAAAAUUUGUCUGGCGAUGAUUUCUCCCUAUAAAUCAAAAGUUUUCGCAAUUGUUUUCCCGUUUGUGUUACAUGUAUGCUGCCAUUUUCAUUCAGAAUUGAGGCAGUGCUGCUACCAUUAAUGUAAUGUAUAAAAACCGUCAAUGUAUUGUCUGGCCAUAUUUGGCGUUAUAAAGGAGAUUGGUGGCGAUAUUUUGAGGGAAUUAAGAAAAACAAACAAGCAAUGACAUAGGACAGUAAGCGAGUUGGCAAAUUAAAGAAGGGGCAUUAUAUCAACUUAGUACUGUAGAAUCAUUUUGUAAUAACAGAAUUGCUCACGUUUUUUAAGUAAUAUAAAAUGACAGCUAACGACAAAGUAGACUAAGAAUAUGACACGAAAGAAGGUUAAAAUGUAGAUGUUAUAAUAUCAAAUAGAAUAUUUUGUGUUAGAUGUUGUGUACAAAAACAGAUGAAAAAUGCUAACAAUGAAGAAGAAAUUGAGAAAACUUAUGAUUAAAUGGCAGAUUUGUUUUAGAGAAAUAUUUGAUGUACAUAAUAUUUACACAACGAACGGCAUUAAACACUGAUGUGAAUAA